AUGUCUCGCCAUCAGCAACUUGCCAACGAGCAGCAGAUGUACUACCCACAGCCGCCCAGUGUGGGCUACCAUCUCUACUUGUAUCGGGAGCAGCUGGCCAGGAAGAAUGUGGAGUACAUGCGUCUAUCGAAAGCCAAGUACUUCAUCACCGAAACACUGCUGGCCAAAACGGUGCGCAACUUGAAGGCCUGCAGCCUGGACGAGCUGAAGACCGUCAACAAUCAGAUUGUGUUCAAGCACAAGCUCAAGCAUCAGAUCUACCGCCUGCGAAAGCUGCAAAAUCUGGGCAUUAGGAAUGCCAAUCCGCAGAUGGAGAGCACUGAGCUCUAG